GCCAGAUAUUAAGAUAUGUUAAUCAUAAUGAGACUUGACCUGUGUGAAUACAAUUUCAGAAGAACGCCACCCCUGUCCAGUGGAUGUUUGAGUGUGAGGUCUGGUCAGUCCAUGGAAAACCCUCUCGGUUUCAAAAGCCAACAAGGGAAGAGACCCGAUUCUGACUAUUUUGCCUAUGAGACAGAUUUGUCUUCAAUGGGCAGUUGUGGUGAUAAAACAGAAGAGGAGGUAGUCUGUGAUAUUUGUGGCACGGCUGCCGCUGUGAAAAUCUGCCUGACCUGCAACAUUUCCUACUGUGAAUACGAUGUCCGCCAGCACUACACCGUGGAAGCCCUGCAGAGGCACAUACUGAAAGACGUGUGUUGCGAAGCUGAAGAGAAACGUUGUCUACACUUCCAAAGGUCUCUAGAUUUCUUCUGUAGAACUGAUCAGAUUCCGGUGUGCUGCAUUUGUGUCCGAAGAAAUCACAGAGGACAUGACGUUGUUUUGCAGAGGGCGGAGCCAGCAGCCAGUCAGACAUCUUGGAGUAAAGAAUACCAACACAUCAGUCAACCUGCAACAGUGGUGCCCCCUCCUGGGAAGAUUGAGUUCCUGUUAGUGGAGUCAAACUCUGUGGUCCUGAGCUGGGGCCUCCCAAAAGGACUGGAGAGGCGUCGGAGCUUCCAACUGCAGUGGAGCUCGUUAAAGAGGGAGGAAGGAAGCUUGGUCAUCAAGGAUUUCAAUAAAAUUGAAAUAAACAACCUUCAACUCGGACAAAAGUAUUUCUUCAGUGUGGCCACAGAGGAUGAGGACGGCAAUUUGAGUGAGUGGAUCACAGCAUCUGUUUUCACAGCGGUGCCACAUCCUCGACACCUAACAAAAGGACAUGCAGAGGCCACGGCUUUUUCCUUGAAAUGGUCUAAAGCAGACGGCAUGGAGGGAAAUCCACAUCAGUUCCUUAUAACUGUCACAAGUCCUGGGAAAAUGCCGUUAGCAAUACACACGAAGGAUUGCUACAAAAUGUUCUCAGAUCUGGAACCAGAAACAGAGUACACUAUAUCUGUGUCAACAGUGUUGAACAAUCAGUGCAGUAAACCGGUCUCUAUCACUAUACAUACAGAGCCCAGUCUCAGGGAGGUGCUAUCAAAGAUUGGACUUGAAGAGCAGUAUGACAACAAGCUCACACUCAGUACCAUCCUGGAGAUAAAUAAAGACGAUACUUCAGAGAAUAAACUUCAAAGUGCAAAGUCACUUCCUGGGGCCUUUGUGAAGAAACUUAAGGUGUUGAAUGCUAAUGCUAGAAGUGUCAAAUGUGUGUUGUACGAUGCAGACGCAGACAAGAACAAUGCCAUCAACCCCCUGGAUCUGAUUACUGCACUGUUGCUCUGUUCAGAUGCUUUUCUUCAGCAGAGCAUAGUUCUGAAAAUGGCACUCUGCCAGUUCGCCAUCCCUCUACUGCUGCCCAACAGUGAAACGAGAGAAAUGACACUGAUGUUGUGGGCCAUGCGUGAAAUAGUCCAAACCUUCCGACCUUCACAGCAGACACUCCAAAAGUUAAACUGUGAGGAAAGAAUUGUGUAUACCGACAUUCCUUUGGUGUCAUUCGUCCGGCUCGGAAGGACAGCCCUAUCCAAGUCUUUGAUCUUGAACAAACUGCUCAGUAACACCCAGCAGUACCAUGACAGAUUUUAUCAUCGUAACAUGGUGUGUGGUGAUGUUCCCAGGAGGAUUUCAGACGGGCUAGUCGAAAUCAGCUGGUAUCUCCCAUGUGGAAACAGGACCAUUGACAAAUUCAUGGAGCCACUGGCUGUUGCAAACCUCAGAGGAGACAUCAGGGCUUUUGACAAACAAUUCUCAUUCCUCUGUCAAACCUCGGCCAUUGUUUACAUCUUCUGUAUUGAAUCAGAAAUUGAUUACUUAAAGUGUCUGGAAGGGAAGGAAAUGAAAGCAAAUGUCAUCCUGAUUAGUAGCACAGUGGGGAAAACGUUUACGCUGCAAAUGAUGACGAAAUUUAAAGAUUUAAAGAUGAUAAAUGUUAGCCAGAAGAAAAAGACUGAUAUAGAGUUGACAAAAGCUCUCCAGGAAUCAAUCUCUAAGACACUAGAAAAGUGCCAAAACAUAGUGUCUGUUGAACAUCAGGCUGAAAGAGCUCGCUGGUGUGAAAUCCUGGUGGACGAGGACAGCGACGAAUGCAAGAGUGCCCGGAACAAUGUGGAACAAAUAACCAAACAUGUAACCAACAUCUCUGAUUUCAAGGACACACAACUGCCAUUUCAAGGAAACAUUUGGAAAGCGAUCUCAUGGACUGAAACAGAGUGCUGGAGAAUGAGGAAAGCUGGCACCCAGAACCCUGAAGUCUACAAGAGGUCUUUGAAAACAAAACAAAAAGAGCUUAAAAGGAAGCAGCAAAGAUUUGAGAUGACAGCUGCAGGGUUGAGCUUCCUUCAUGGGGUGGUCACCUCAGAGGUUCAGCGCUGCUAUUUCAUGAAAUGGCUGGAAAUAGAAUUGGACAAUCUGUCCCGGCACCAUCUGUCAUCUCUGCAGGAUCAAUACAAAAUGCAGCUCCAGGAGUCUCCAAUAAAAACUGAAACGAUUGACAAAAUUGACAAGCAAAUAUCUGUUCGUUCUUUGCACCUUGAGCACUUUUUUCGAGAGUGUGGGCAGCUGUAUGAGUGUGUGAGCUACCUGCCAGAAUACAGCCGUCAGAGAAAAACCAUUGAACAGCUCCCUGGACUGUACGCUCAGAUGCUGCUGGAUGGUUUCCCUCUUGAACUUGUUGAUGGAGAUGCAGCAAAUAUCCCCACGAGAUGGAUCCAUGACGUACUUACUGAGCUGCAUGACUUAAUGCAUUCCGACAGUAAGCUCAAAGUCAUUACAGUGAUCGGAGCUGAGAAUGUAGGGAAAUCAACUCUGCUCAACACCAUAUUUGGAGUCAGGUUUGCUGUUGGUAAAGCAACGUGCACCAAAGGGGCAUUUAUCCAGCUGCUAAAUGUCAACAAAGACGUGAGGGAUGAAGUUGGCUGUGACUGCAUCAUGCUCAUCGACACCGAGGGACUUAAACCACAACAGAUGGUUCAGGAGGAUCACAGCCAUGAACGUGACAAGGAGGUAGCGAGCCUCGGUGUGGCACUCAGUGACGUCACAAUCGUCUGUGUUCCCGGGGACGACUCCAGCAAGAAGGAUGUCUUAAAGAUGGUGCUGCAGGCUUUCACGAGGUUGAAGGGCGUGGGCAACCGGCCAUUUUGUCAUUUUGUACAUGCUAACAUGUCUGUGGUUGAGAGGAAGAAGAAAGAUAAAGAGCUGGUAGAGCAACUUGAUGAAAUAAUCCGAGAGGAUGCAGCAAUGAAAAAGGCCAACGUCAUGAAGAUCUCAGAUGUGAUGGAGUUUGACGCAGACAAUUGCAGCUGGUACAUUUCUCCACUUUGGCGUUGGUCUCCACCCAUGGCUCCUGUCAGUGUUGACUACAGUGAGACUGUUUUUUCUUUGAAAAAACGACUGAUAGAGGACCUCACUAAUUGCAAACAAAGAGGGGACUUGACACAUUUUAUCAGCAGGAUAGAAAUCUAUUGGAAGUCUGUGUGA